CCCGAAUCCGCGUCUGAUGAUUUUCAUCGGGCACCCGUCGAAGACACCUUCUCUGAGAAGUCGUCAUCUGUUUCACAUCGCUUGGAAGAAUCCGUGAGCAGUGACCAAGUUCCGUCCGCGUCUGCCAGAGCAUGUGACAAGAAUCGACAGAAAUCCCUUUUGUCGUGGACGAGACGAAUGGAUAAUGCUCCGACUGCGAGCGUGUUGAAAGAAGUGAAUUAUUUGUUCAACCGGGUUCGAGGAGUUGAUGAGCAGUGCAGAGAAGAAGAAAGUUAUCCACAGCUCGGUAUUUUCCUCGGCGAGAAGGAAACCGAGAAUCAGCUUUCCUACGAAAAUUCAACAACUGCUGCAGGAAUGACCAGGUUGUCUCAUGCCGUGGAUUGUGGGGUUUACUCGGGCGACUUGAUGCCAGUUUUCAAGAAGGCAAUUGAAGACGGCACAGUGACUGAGCAAAUGCUCGCAUUGGCCCCAAUGCAUUCCUGGGCAAUUUGGAAAGAUUUGACGGAAGCUUACGCGAGGCAAUGUGAGAAGAAUGGAAGGUUCAGGCAAGCUAGUGUUUCGAGAGUAGCCAUUGGAGAUACUGAAGGAGCUAUUCGAGCCCUGUUGGCGAGUGGGAAGUUUCAUGAUGCUUUGGCAUUGGCGAGGCUGAGGAGGAAAGAUGCCACCAUUGAUGUGAUUCUCAAGGAGUGGUUGGAUUUUUCUCGCAACGCCUCUGGAUCUCAGCAAAUGGCUGCGAAAUGUUCGCUCGCCUCGGGGGAUUUCAUGUCUGCUGGACGAGCGUUGGCUGCAAAAGCCGAAAAGGGGUUUUUGGCGUUAGCCGCAAAAAUCAUGGCUGCAAGUUCGAAUCAAGAUGAGUCCUCUGUUCGGGAAGCUGAUCUCACUGCUCUGAAAGCGAUUGGUAUGCUCACUGAAGGAGGUGAAAUCGACGAAGCUCUGGAAUUGGUGAAAUGCUUUCCAAGAUGGUCGUGGAUGCGGCCGGUACUUUUAGUCGAGCAGCUUUUGUUGUCGUGGAAGCCAAGUUUACUGGACGUUUUGGAGUCCCUGUCGUUAGCUUGUGAUUUAUCUUUCGUGCGACGCGAAAGGCAAUCAUCGGAUGCUAUCUUACUUGGACUAAACGAAGUGUUGAAUACGUUCACCGUCAGUGAUUUGGAGUGUUCGUGGCAAAACGCGAAAUCGCACUUCGCGUUGAGCACAACUCGUUUGGUUGGGGCUCGUGGUGUAGCCUUGGCCAUCUUAGCUGGGAAGUCGAAAGCGUCAAAUGGGGAAUUGGUCGACAUGUGUCGGGGUUUGAGUGUUUCGGAUUAUCAUCCAGUUUGUCGGGUUCUCUAUGACGUCAUUUCCGGCUUCGCGAAGCCGUUGUGCGCGAAGUUUCUCUGCCAAUUUACGAAUUCGUUACGAAUAGAAGAUCAAGUCGUGAAAGCGAAUGAAGGCGAAAUUUUGAGGUUUGUUGCCGGUCUGCGACUUGGUUUCAACAUUGAACCCUGUGAUGGAUCGUUUACCGCUUUGAUUUGGCAUUCUCAAUCUUAUCGAGUGAUGGACCAAGAUUUCGGAAUCCAAGUUUCAGGAUCGAUGGAAUUUUCAGUUCGUAAAGUGAAGCUCCGGGGAAACUCGUGUGAGGCAGUUUUGUUCGCUGAUUUUAAUGCUGAGGACGACUUGGUGUUGUUCAAUAACUCGACGGUUUGGACGGGAUACGUGGGCUGGAAAUCCGAACAGCGAAAAUUUUUCGAGGAAAACGAGCUUUUGGAUGCUGAACUGGAUGAGACGGAAGGAAAGUUUUCCAUCAGCGAAGGAUCAAUUCUUCGGGGCCCCGCGUUUCCAGUAGUUCAAGUUCAUAUUAAAAAGGUUCCAAGUGAAAAUGUCACACAAUUGUUGCAGAAAUGUUUGUCCCGUACCGUUGAUCGAUUGCAGUCGGAAGUUGUCGAUAAUUCUAAACUGCGCCGGGAUUUAAGCGAGGCCGGAGAAGGUGAGAUCAAAUUGAAAAGAAAACAU